AUGAAGCCCUUUGAGAACAGCUGGUUGUUUCUACCGCUGGCUGUUAUCCUGAGAGUCACCUGUGCCUCCUUUAUCAGUGUCAACCUUGGGGUGAAAGUGAAGAAGGGACAGUCUGUCUUCCUGUCAGAAGAUGACCUCAAGUUUUCCAUCCCCAGAGAGAAAGAUGCCUGCAAAGUAGAAGUUGUGAUUAAUGAGCCAAUAACUCAGAGGGUUGGGAAACUGACUCCACAGGUCUUCGACUGUCACUUCCUUCGUAACGAAGUCAAAUACACUCACAAUGGCUGCCCACUUUUAGAUGAAGACAGUGUCAUGCUUAGGCUGUACAGAUUUACAGAAAAUGAAACUUUUGCAGAAACAUUCAUCCUCCACGUGCAGUUACUUGAACCAGACUGUAACAUCAUCAAAAUGCACACCCACGCCCUGGAGGUCCCUGAGUAUUAUGGUCUGUCCAGAGUGAUUGACAAGAAUGUCCUCACCUUUGACUACAACAGGAAGAUGAACUUGGAUUGCACCAUCACCAUAGCCUCUUUGGAAAUGCACCUGCCUGCUCACGGCCAGCUUUUCGCUGGGGAAGAGCAGCGAGAGCAGCCUCGUGGAGACCAGCCACAGAGCUUCUUCUCUGGUUCUAGUAUGAUGUCCUUCAGUAGUUUCCUUCAGAUGCGCAGCCCAGACAAGGUGUGCAAAAGUGGAAAUUGUAUGCCGGGACUAGGAGCAAUUCACAACACAAAAAUGAACUGUGAAGAGUUUCUGAGGAUGGGGAUCCGAUAUCAGCACCUUGACCCUCCCUCGCCUGACACCGACUAUAUUCCUGUCAGACUUGAUCUCACAGACAUUAGAAGCAAAACUUUGCACAAAACUGAGUAUGCAUGGCUCCCUGUUCAGAUUAAAGGUGCUAGUCCCAACCAAAUCCCCAAAGCUGCCCUUACAGCAAAGUUCAGCCUGGAAGUAGACCAGUUUAUUUUAACUCCCAUAACAACCACAACUGUUGAUGCUGAAGACAACGAAACACCAAAGCCCCUGCUUGUAUUCAACAUUACCAAGCCACCUCCACGGGGCUUCAUCACUCAUCUGUCAGACCACACAAAACCGAUUGGCUCCUUCACUUGGAAAGAUCUCAGCGACAUGCUUGUUGCUUAUCAGCCUCCAAAUAACAGCCACACGGAAAGGAGGAAUUAUGAGGUGGAGUUUGAGGUUCAUGACUUCUAUUUCAAAAGGAGUUUACCAAUCACUGUGCAUCUUUCUGUCAGAACAACAGAUACAAAUGCUCCUCGGGUUUCAUGGAAUACAGGCCUCAACCUCCUGGAAGGACAAUCCCGACCGAUUACGUGGGAACACUUCCAAAUUGUCGAUAAUGACAACAUCCAAAAUGUUCGAUUGGUCACAGUAGAUGGCUUGCAGCAUGGGCGGCUCACAGUGAGAGGAGGGAAAGGAUUCAUGUUCACAGUUUCUGACAUCCAGGCUGGAGCUGUUUACUACCAUCACGAUGACAGUGACUCCACGAAGGAUUUUGUGGUGUUUAGGAUUUUUGAUGGCCUCCACAGUAUUCGCCAUAAAUUUCCAAUCAAUAUCCUUCCUAAAGACGACAGCCCUCCAUUUCUUAUCAGCAAUGUGAUAGUUGAAGUUCAUGAAGGACAGACAAUCCUGAUCCAGGGCUCAAUGCUUCAAGCCUCUGACAUGGACUCCAGUGAUGAUUACAUACUAUUUAACAUUACCAAGCCACCGCUUGCUGGAGAAAUCAUGAAGAAACCAGGACCAAAUGUGAUAGGGUAUCCUGUCAGUGCUUUCCUUCAGAGGGAUCUAUUUAAUGGAAUAAUUUAUUAUCAUCAUUUGGGAGGAGAAAUAUUUGAAGAUUCCCUUGAGUUUGUCUUGUGUGAUAGCCAUGACCCUCCCAAUCUCUCAGAACCACAGGUGCUGAUGGUGCACAUUAUCCCUGUGAAUGAUCAGCUACCCAGAGAAGCCCUGGGAGUAACCCGUCACCUGAUUGUUAAGGAGACUGAGAUUGCUCAUCUAACUAAGAAACAUCUCCACUUCAUAGAUGUGGAAGAACAAGAAAGAGAACUCACGUACACCAUAACCUCUUCUCCAUUUUUCUCUUGUAGACCCAGUGUCGCUGACCAGAAUGUAAUAUGUAUGCCUUUGUAUAGCCACUUAGAUGCUGGGAAGCUGUUUAUGGUGGACACCAUCCCAAAACUGAUCAAGGAUCCUGCUGCUCUUGCAUUGAAGUCAUUUACUCAGCAUGCUGUGAAUUAUAUGAAAGUUGCCUAUAUGCCCCCACUGCAGGAUAUUGGGCCUGAACCUCAGCAAGUCCACUUUAUAUUUUCAGUCAGCAAUCAGCAUGGGGGCACUUUGUAUGGGAUCUGCUUCAAUAUUACAAUUCUUCCUGUGGAUAAUCAAGCUCCAGAGGUGUUCACCAGCCAUCUGAGAGUGGAAGAGGGUGGCCUGAGCCCCAUCACAGAGGAGCACAUUCAUCUUUCUGACAUGGACACAAGACGGGAGCACCUCCUGCUCUUCCUGCGGAGACACCCACAGCACGGUGCAGUGGAGCUGGAUGGUGUUCCCAUGAAGGAAGGUGACAGGCUUUCCUGUGGGGACCUGCACACCCUGGCAGUCAGGUACAGGCAUGACGGCUCUGAGACGCUUACUGAUGAUAUCCUCUUUGCAGUCACUGACAGCAUCCACUCAGUAGAGUUCAUCUUGCAGGUCAAGGUGUUGCCCGUGAAUGAUGAGCCACCUGUUAUGCGAACAGGCCUCACUCCUGUUGUACAUUGCCUGGAGGGUGAAGAAGUAGUCCUUUCCUCUGAGUACAUUUGUGCGACAGAUGCCGACAGCGAUGACACGAAGCUGAUGUUUAUGCUGGUUCGCCAGCCCUACCAUGGGGUAGUGAGGAAAGCUGGCAUCGUUGUGGAUCGCUUUUCCCAAGCAGAUAUCAUUUCUGGCUUGGUCACAUACAAGCACACAAGUGGGGAGAUUGGCCUUACUCCUUUCUUUGAGAUCUUAACCUUUGUUGUCUCCGACGGUGAAGCUGGCUCAAAUGUGAAUGAUUGCUGUUAUGAUGGACCUCUUCCUCCUCCAGUUCCACUUCACGAUCCAUUGCCAGUAUUUGACCUAAACAUCACUGUGCUUCCAGUGGACAACCAGCCUCCAUCCAUCACAACUGGUGCAAGAUUUGUGGUGGAGGAGGGCUCCUCAGCAGCCCUUACUGCUAACCAUUUGUUUGCCAGUGACCCUGAUACCGCUAUCGAUGACUUAGAGUUUGUCUUGGUUUCUCCCCCCCAGUAUGGUUACAUUGAAAAUAUACUGCCUUCUCCUGGGUUUGAGAAGAGCAACAUUGGUAUAAGUGUAGCAUCCUUUCAGAUGAAACAUUUGAAAGCCCUGAAUAUAAACUAUGUACAGUCCAGGCAUGUGAGGAUUGAACCAACAUCAGACAAGUUUGUACUUUACGCCACUGAUGGGCUGCAUCACUCAGCAGAGACUCCAUUUUUUGUGCUGAUCGACCCAACUAAUGAUGAAGUCCCAGAAUUCAUAGCAAGGAACAUUUCUGUUCUAGAGGGUGAGAUGAAAGAGCUGGAUCUCUCUGUUAUCAGUGCAGUCGAUCUGGAUAUGCCUAGGGACCAUUUGGUAUUCAGUGUUGUGCAGAAGCCCUGGCAUGGGUUUCUCAUUAAUGGAGUUCAUGGCAAUGAUACUCUACACUACAAACAGUUAAUUACUCAUCAUCACAGCUAUGAACUUCUUGUUCAUGACUUUUCCAUGGAGCUACUUAUGAAUGGAAUGAAGCUGAUAUACAUGCAUGAUGACUCAGAAAACCUCACUGAUGGCUUUACAAUCCAGCUAUCAGAUGGGAAACAUAAAGUCUUAAGAACCAUUUCAGUAAAAGUCAUUCCUGUUAAUGAUGAGAAACCAGUGCUGAGCAAGAAGGAUGAUAUAGAAGUGAACAUGGGUGAAACCCGAAUCAUUUCUAGUGCUGUUCUGUCAGCUGAAGAUAAAGAUACCCCUAGGGAGAGAAUUUACUAUCUGUUUGAAAGAAUUCCAGAAAACGGUGAGCUUCAGCUCAAGGUUGGCAGAGACUGGGUGACUCUCCAAAGUGGAAUGAAGUGCACCCAGGAAGAACUAGAUAUGAACUUUGUGAGAUACAUCCACACAGGAGCUAUAGGGUCCAAGAACCAAGACAGGUUUACAUUUUAUCUGUGGGAUGGGUACAACAGAUCCCCAGCUGUGGACCUCUACAUAAAUAUCAAGGACAUGGAAAAGGGAGAUAUUGCUGUUUUUGUAAAGCCUCUUAGAGUGCCAAAAGGGGAUCAGGGCUACAUUACAACAGAUGCCCUGCUUGCACUGGAUGGAACAGACAAACUGGAGGAGCUCCUUUACGUGAUAACCUCCCCACCUCGAUACGGACAGAUAGAGUACGUCAGCUAUCCUGGCAUCCCCAUUACCAGCUUCAGUCAAAUGGAUGUAGCACGACAGAGAGUCCGCUAUGUUCACAGUACUAAAGCACUCAUUUCUAAAGAUACGUUCAGGUUUUUUGAAUCCAGUAGUCAUUCUUCAUCACACUGGUGA